AGGUGGAGCUGUCAGCCGCAGCAAGCAGAAGCAGAAGGAGGUUUUUUGGCCUCUGAAUGGAUGAACUUCGGAUUAUCCUCUUCCGUUUCCAGCACUUCAAGAACCCAACAACAACUACUACUACUACUACUACUAGUGACCAGCACGGCGGGCAGGACUGUGAGGAAGUGGGGGGCUCCACGAAGACCCCCGAGCUAGCAAGCACUGAGUGCCAGGGUGACAGAUGAGCCCAGUGUGUGAGAUACUGUGUUAGUACCCUCAGAGGGUAGAGACCAUGGGGCACUGCCUCUGCAGGUCAUAGCACUAUGUAUGCUGCAGCCCUUCUAUAAGAACACAAAUGUGAGAUUUAUUAUUGUUUUUUUUUAAUGCUGUGUGUAUAUCACUGUUGCUAUUGGGGCUCUGGUGCCCAAUUACCUGCAUUUUCUAUAUACAGUACUGCAUUUGCUGUGUGUGCCAUUGCUCUGAGAAUGUGCUGCAGCUGCAUGUAAUUUUUUUUAAGUCAGUUUGUACUGACCUCUUCUAUUUUUGUGUGCCUGCUGCUAUCUAAAAUACCACUGUGAUAUCAAUAUCCCCUUCCAGGGAGAAAAGGUACUAACUAUCCUCUUGUGACUGGACAUAUCUGCGGAGAGUGUGGCACAGAGCUGUGAAUUUGACAGUCUUUGGUGCCAGCACACUCUGGUUGCUGCUGUUUUCCUUAAAGGUGCUGGUAAGACUUUUUAAUCACAAUGAAGAAGUUUUCUCGGAUGCCCAAGUCAGAAAGCGGCGGAGGUGGUGGUGGAUCUAGUCUAUGUCCAGGGUCCUCGGGCACUGCUACCAGUGGAGGGGUGACUGUGGGCAGAGGCUUCACCAUUGGGCGUUAUCAGGUCACUGUGGAAGAACUUGUGGCAGAAGGGGGCUUCUCCACUGUCUUUCUUGUGCGCACGGCUGGAGGAUUACGCUGUGCCUUGAAGAGGAUGUAUGUGAACAAUGUGCCUGAUCUUAAUAUCUGCAAGAGAGAAAUUACAAUUAUGAAAGAGCUGUCCGGACAUAAAAAUAUUGUUGGUUAUUUGGACUGUGCCAUUAACUCUGCUGGUGAUAAUGUCUGGGAGGUCCUUAUUCUUAUGGAAUAUUGCAGAGCUGGACAAGUUGUGAAUCAGAUGAAUCAGAAACUCCAGUCUGGUUUCACUGAACCAGAAGUUUUACGGAUAUUCUGCGACACUUGUGAGGCAGUAGCCAGACUUCAUCAGUGUAAAACGCCAAUUGUCCACCGAGAUUUGAAGGUUGAGAACAUAUUACUAAAUAACAAUGGGAACUACGUAUUGUGCGAUUUUGGUAGUGCUACAAACAGAUUUCUAAAUCCACAGAGAGACGGUGUUAACGUUGUGGAAGAAGAAAUUAAAAAAUAUACAACUCUGUCAUACAGAGCCCCAGAAAUGAUCAACCUUUAUGGAGGCAAGCCAAUUACCACUAAAGCCGAUAUCUGGGCCCUUGGAUGCCUGCUAUACAAGCUGUGUUUCUUUAGCCUUCCCUUUGGUGAAAGCCAGGUUGCUAUUUGUGACGGAAGUUUCACCAUUCCAGAUCAUUCCCGCUUUGACCACAAGUUGCACUGUUUAAUCAGGUACAUGCUUGAACCUGAUCAGGAACGAAGACCGGACAUUUACCAAGUAUCAUAUUUUGCCUUCAGACUAGCUAAAAAGGAUUGCCCAGUACCCAAUAUGCUUAAUUCUCCACUUCCACCUGCGCUUCCAGAACCGAUGACAGCCAGUGAGGCAGCUUCCAAAAAGAAUCAAAUAAAAACCAGAAUAACAGAUGCCCUUGGGCCUACAGAAACAUCAAUCACGCCAAGACAGAGACCAAAGGGAUUUGCUGGUACAGCCACAACAAAGGUGCUUCCAAUCCAAAGUUCAGCCACCCCGGUAAAGAUGCCCAUGCAGAAUGUUCCAAGUCGCCAAAGCCAUAAUGCAGCAACAUCGGCACCAACGCCUGGUAAUGGCCAAGAACCGCGAGGAACUCAGGAGAGCAUCCAAUUAUCUCCACAACAGUACAAAGCAUGGCAGCAGUAUGGAGACACUGGAUUACAGACUCUGCGCUUUCUAUAUCUCCAACAACACAACCAGCAACUACUCCGGGAAGCCUUGACCCAACAGAUUGAACAACAAACCUUUCAGCAGCAUUAUUAUGCAAGCUCCAUGUAUCAGCAGCAGCAUCAAAUACCUGAAUGUAUGGCCAUGCAACGAUUUUAUAUGCACCCCAUUUACGAACAACAGCAUCCUGUACCUGAAUGUCCAACUAUGGUUUACCAAUACCAACAAGUCCCUAUACAGCAACAGCAACAGCAACAAGUUAUCCUUCAGCAACAGGCCAAUCCCCCACCAUAUCUAAGUUCCCCUCAAGAGUUCACACCUGCCUUAGCUUCCUAUGCAGUUACCCAAGCUGAUUCCGUGAGACAUGUGCAGAGCACAACUAAUGCCAACAGAUCUCAGCGUGUUCCAGACACAGAGACCGGUUACAACAUUUCAAAGCAGAAUAGCAAUCCUCCAGACAUGUCAGGUUGGAACCCCUUUGGAGAUGACAAUUUUUCCAAGUUAACUGAAGAAGAAUUACUGGACAGGGAAUUUGACCUUCUAAGAUCAAAGAAAGUUGAAGAGCUCAGACCUUCUGCAAACACCAUUAUUGAACCUGUGUCUGAACCACAAAUCCAAACUACAGAAGAUGCCUUUGGUGCUGUCCCAUUUGUCUCUCACUCAGGCAAGUUUUGCUCAUAAACAUUUA